AUGUCAACCAAAGAGCUCCCUAAACCACCGUAUACCGCUACAAACAAGCCAACUGAAGAGUACAUUUCAUACAAUGGUGCUCGUUUCUACACAGAGUUUUGGGUAUGUAUCAAAACCCGAAGUAGAAUUGUAUGGCUACAUGGGUUCUCAGAAUACUCAAAGGUUUAUGUUAGAAUCUUUGAUCAAUUGAGUCAAGAAGGUUAUGAAAUCUUUUUCUUUGACCAAAGAGGUGCAGGAUUUACAUCACCAGGUAAAUUAAAAGGUUUAACUGAUGAAUUCCAUACAUUUGAUGAUUUAGAUUAUUUCUUAAAGAAAAACAUUGAUGAAAUUGCUAAUCGUGAUAAUAAAAGAUUGUAUUUAAUGGGUCACUCUAUGGGUGGUGGUAUUUCAUUAAACUAUGGUGUUAAAGGUAAAUACAAAGAUCAUUUAUCAGGUAUAGCUGUCACAGGUCCUCUUAUUUUGUUACAUGUGAGUUUAAAAUUUGUAUUUUCAUGA